UUUCGUUUGUUUUGCUUUCGCGUUCCACCCGUGUCACGAAUUUCACAACACCGGCUAGACUUUAUUUUGUUUUCACGUUACCGUCGGAACCUACGUCGUAUCUCGGGUUACAUCACGCCACCGUAACAACGAUCGGAUAAAUGCAAUGAACGACAUUCGGCGCCUAAAGGAGCAACAGAAAGAGAAACAUCCCGCCUUCGGUUCCUACCUGGAGUGUAUGACCCGGGCCCUGUUCACCGGAUUGGCCACAUUCACGCUAGGAUUUUCCUCGAUCUACUUCCUGCAGAAGCUGGUGGCAAAGCGACUGCCAUACCCACAAAAAUCGGCCAUCCUAGUGUCGACGGUGAUUGGGACCGCCGCUUCGUACAAAGUUACCGCCGAUCGAACGAAAUCCUGCCAAGCGGGUUGGAUGGCCGCCGAGGGCAAGUUUACUGCCCUGUCGGACGAUCACUUGUUGGAACAGCAGGAAGAGGGCAAUGGCAACUAG